AUGAAUGAGUUUAGCUUUCAAGAUCUUGUUAAUUACUCUGUUGAGAUUUUACAGCAUUACGAAAAAGAUGAUGUUGACAGCAAGGACCUCGAGGAGAUACUCCACUUCACAAGCACGUUUGAAGACAAAGCGAGAACAUUUUUGUUCGAAUUGGUCAUCGGUUGCAUGGAACAUUCCAACAUUUUAAACGUCAUUCUUGAUGGAUUUUAUGAUGAAGAAAUCACCGCCCUACCAUCUGACAGACUAACUUUCAAAAUUUUUGCAUAUCUACUACUGCUGAGACAUGAUGAGAUUAACCAUCAUUUGCUGUCCGAUUUCAUUUUGAUGUCUACCAAGCCUGCUAAAAUUAUUAAGAUUGAUAACACGAACUCAGCUGGAACACAGUCCAACUCCGAAGAACUGCAGAAGAUAAACAGAUGGCGGGCAUUAUUUAACGAGAAAGUGAAAUCAUUAAACUGUGCCUUACGCUCUGACAUUUCAAACCAAAACAACAAAAACAGCAACAACCAAAAUACUAAUAAUAAUAACAACAACAAUAACAACAUUAACGAUAAUAAUAUCAACGAAAACGACGAAAAUGUUAACAGUAAUUUCAAUUUCGUCAUUAGGAACAAAAUGCCGGCAAGUUGUCAUGUCACCUAUGUCACGUGA